AUGGGGUUCUCGUCCUGGUUCCAGAACCUGGCGUCGAUAGCAAUCGGCAGCGUCCUCCUGCUACACACCAACUCGUCUCUCGCCGCUCCAGUCGCAAAAUACGACCCCUUGGUAAUUGAUACAUUUCGUAAUCCUGCAACUAACGAUCUCGGAAUCUGGCAUGGCGUUGACGAAGGGAUGCCCGCUGAAUAUGGCGGAGAUUUUCUACGCCUUUCCCCGACAAAUGCCGAUAUGAACUUCUAUACCCAGGUUUCUAUCGGCUGCAAGGACAUGACUGCGUAUAAAGAUUCAUAUCUCCAUGUCGUCUUCAAGGGGUCGGAUAAGUUUAGCAUUAGCUUCACCCAGCAUAAUGCAGAAUGUGAUCAGAAGAGAGCCCCGUACCCUGAAACGUGGGACUCGGUCGAGGCUUCGCGAUAUUCUAGUGGAGAGGAUAUUUACAUUCCCCUAUCUCAUUUCCAUAUCGACUUUACAAGGACCAACUCGAUUGAUCGUUUCUUCCCUUCCGGAGGUGUCAAGAUGCCCGAGAAGCUUCCAACUGGCACUCUAGCAUUGAGAUGCAAGAGACCUAACUCGUUUGCCUUUGGAAUCGAUGAUGGACAGCCGCAAUACGCUCAGGAGGUUAUGAAGAUGCUGGCGGAAGAGGAUAUUCUAGUCACGUUCUUCACUGUUGGUAACGGCCUAUUGGACGAAACUGCCAACUUUACAAACGUAUACAAGGAGAUGCUGGGCCGUGGGCACCAGGUUGCUCUUCAUACAUUCUCCCAUCCCAUGAUGGAAGGGUUACCAACCACUGAGCGUAUUGACGAAGAAUUUACAAAGAACAUUAACGUCUUUAAGGAAAAACUGGGAAUUGAGAGUCGCUAUUUCCGUCCGCCCUUCGGUAAUGUGGGCGCUCGAACUCGACAAAGACUUGCAGCCUUGGUUCCUGACCCAUACAUCAUCAACUGGAGUGUGGAUAUUGAGGAUUGGCUGUGGGCUGGCUCUCCAACUCCUGAGAAGCAACUUGAGGCCUUCAAGCGAGACUUCGAGAAGGGUGGUGAUAUUGCUGUCAUGCACUACCUCAACCCCACAACCAUCUCUUACUUCAGAGAUGUAUUCCAGCUAGUCAAGAAGUCUGGAAAGCGCAUUAUGCGAGUUGACCAGUGCAUGGAAGACCCGUCAGCACCACCAUUGAACUGA